AUACGCUCCCGUGUGGAAAGACAGUUUACGCCGAAGUUUACGUUGCGCAACAUGUGGUUCCAGCGUGCCCCAUGGCUUUUGCUGCUGGCACUGGCCAGUGCCCGCGGCCAAAGUGCGGAUCGUCCCAUUAUUGGCACCUCCAGCGGACAGGUACAGGGCACGACCGAAGAUUGCGGCAUAUUCUGUACGUACUACUCCUUCAAGGGUAUCCCGUACGCGGAGCAACCAGUCGGUGGCUUGCGCUUCGCCGAUCCGGUACCACGGGCCGCCUGGACGGGUGUGCGCGAUGCUAGCCAGCACGGAAGCAGUUGCCCGACGCCCGAUGCACUACCGACCGAGGCAGAGGAUUGCCUUUAUCUCAACGUGUACAGCCCCUCGCUGGUGGGCACUCGGCCCGUGAUGGUGUUCGUACACGGCGGCGCUUACGUUGGCGGCUCGGGCGAUGACGCGCUGUACGGGGCGCGCCACUUUAUGCCGGAAAAUGUGGUCAUUGUAACGCUCAACUAUCGGCUCGGUGUGCUGGGAUUCCUCGGUACGGGCGAUCGGAGUGCAUCGGGCAACUGGGCCAUCAAGGAUUGCGUUGAGGCGUUGCGCUGGGUACAGCGGAACAUCGGUGCGUUCGGUGGCGAUGCUGGCCGCGUAACCAUCUUCGGCCAGUCGGCUGGCGGUGCGUUGGUACACUUCCUCACGCUGUCCCCGCUGGCGGUGGGAUUGUUCGAGCGUGCCAUCACCCACAGCGGAUCGGCCCUUAACUCCUGGUCGCUGCAGCCAAACCCACGCCAGCAGGCGGAAAGGAUAGCAGCCGAACUGGGCAUUCACACAACCGACACGGCCACGCUGGUGUCGGCGCUGCGUCAGGUUCCGUACCGUGACCUGAUCAAGCCCGAUCUGCCCACACUGGAUAAACUGAUGAUACCGUUGGAGUUCGGUCCCGUCGUCGAACCGGCCGAUGCACCGGGCCAAGUUGCGCUCGAUCGGCUGCCGAUCGAACUGAUCGAGAGUGGAUCGUACCGGGCCGUACCGCUGAUGGCGGGCUUUACCGAUAUGGAUGCGCUGCUGUUUAGCGCCGUUGAGAUGGUCACCAAUCCGGGCAUCUUCGAUACGUUCAACAACAAUCCGCACCUGCUCGUACCGUUCGUGUGGAACAUUCCGGCGGGCAGUGCCGCGUCGAACGCGGUGAGCCAAGCCUUCCGGCAGUACUACUGGCAGGGUCAACCGUUAAGCCCGGCGCUGCUGGCUCAGUUCAGCGUGUAUCUUACCGAUCUUCAGUUCGCGUACCCGCAGCUUGAAAUGGCCAAACGGCACGCCAGCCGGUCGCCCGUCUACCUGUACCAGUUUAAGUACGACGGUGACCUGAACUUGGUGAAACAGUUCGCUGGCAUCCCGCUGCCGGGAGCAGUUCAUGGAGACGACCUUUGCUAUCUGUUCGAUACGAAACAGUUUGGCGGAGGUGAGCUUCCGAUCACUAGCCACGCUGCAACGGUGCGCCAACGUAUGUUGCGAUUGUGGACCAACUUUGCCAGAGAUGGAACUCCUACUCCUGCAACUGACGCCCUCUUGCAGGGAACCUUGUGGAGACCGCUCAGUCCGGGGAUGAUCGAUGCGACGCUAAACAUAGGGCAUGAUCUCACCAUGGAGGUGAACCCGAUUGCAAGCCGCUACAGCCAGUGGCUAGAUCUGGCAGAGCGGUAUGCAAACAAUAUUUUCCGAAUUUAGGUUCGUUACCGACGUACUUUAAAAUUGCAAAAGGAAUAUGGAACGAAUAAAGGUAUAAAGGCUUAA